CUAUCGGUGAUUCUGGUUGCCGCGUGGCCGCAUCGGUCGAUGAACGAGCACGCAUCGCGGUGUGCAAAGUUACGGCGCAAUUGGUUGGAUUCGAUCGGUCCGCCGCAGCGUCGAGCAGCGCAGCGGCGGACCACCUAACUAAAUUUUAAACGCGAAACAGUUGGAUCGAGCUCGACCGCUAACUCGGUCGGACUUUCACCGUUCCGUUUCGUCGUUUGUCUACUCAUCGUCCUCGUGAUCGACCGAUAAUUAUAAUUUUAUAUAUACGUAUAUACAUGUAUAUAUAUAUAUAUAUAAAUAUAUAUAUGUGUAUCGGGGAUACGCGAUACGUUGAGAGAUGAUUAUCGUGGAGGAGAAACACGUGCACGUCGGACGACGGUCCGCGGAACGACGACGCGACGCGACGAGUCACGACGAAAGCAAACUCCGAUCUUCCGCUUACGGGGCAAUCAAGGCCGUACUACUGACUCAGCUCGACCAGCUGUUCGUUACAAAGAAAGAGCACACCAACGAUAUCGGACUCUCGCAACCGCGUGUGCCUUAGAUAGCGGCUUCCUGGUGACCUCGGUGCAUUAGCACUCGACAGCAAUGACACGUGUGACUGGCGUUGCCAGCUGCGUUUGCUUCGUUUGUUUGCGGCCACGAUCCACGAUCUGCGUAUCAAUCGCGCGUUCACCUCCUUCCUCCAAUUUAUCCUUAUUUCCACUUUCCAUCCAUCUCCAAUCAUCUUUCUUCCGGUGUAGAUAGUUCAUCCAGAUAAACUCUUGUCAUUAUUUACGCAUGUAAAUUCGACAAAUUUUAACGAGAAAUGAAAAAUUUUUAUCGCGUAGAAAAAAAAUUCCUUCGAUUUUGUUAUACUUCUAUGGUGUAAAAAUUAACUUACGAACGAUAAGGAAGAGGAAAGAGGGGAAGAAGGAAAAAGAAGAUUCUGAUAGGAAGAUGGUUUCGAAAAUUACUCGAAGGCGAUUACUUGGAACGAGAUCGAUUCGAUAUCGAAAUUUUCGGAAUAAUCGGUUCCUAAUUUAUCCUUAAUUUAUUAUCCGAUGAAUAAACGAACGAUCGCAUUUUCAUUUUCGAUGCAACUGUUUCCUGCCACUUUUUCGUAACGAUUGCAACGAAAAGUCGUAUCGAUCGAUAUCGAUCCAUUCAUAUAUAUAUAUAUAUCGUCUGGAUAUCGCAUCAAGAACAACCCGAUAUUACGCAGUUUGCGAGCAAAAAUCGAUGAUGAAUCAACGACGAGCCUUCGUGACUUUUGUUCUUAUCUUAUCGAACAUUAAGCGCCGAGAGUAGACGCGUUGUCUGCGUAUCCGUCAAGGUAUUAUUCUUGACAUGUAUCGGAUUUCGAUCGCGUUGAUAAUUGCCGAUAUAUUCGUUAAAAACGAUGUAAAUAAAUUUUUCCAACGAACGAGAUAUAUAUGUGUGUAUAUAAUAAUACGUAUAUAAUAUAUACACAUAAUAUAUAAAGACAUUAAUUGUUGAGGAGAGAAGAAAGAAGCAGGAUCUAGAUCUCUGAUUAUUUUCUCUCGUCUAUUCUGUCGCUCGUUCGAUCGUCGACGAGUAAUUGGUAGCACAGAUGUGGUAGCAGCAAGAUGCAAAAAGGAAAAAACAUGGCGGCCGGGGGAGCGGAGAAGAGGGUAAGAAGGGAAAGAUGGUGAAAAGGCCAGAGGCAAGGCUCUCGAUAUACUCGUGCAUACGUAGAUGCGCAUAAAUUACGAUGUAAUUACAAGCCUGGCGAUUACGAUCGGAUCUCGGGGAAGAGGAGAAGAUCGUAUGGCAGGACGGGUGUUGGAUCGCAGCGGGUAAGAAAGAGUCCCGUUCCCGGGCCAAGUGUAGACGAAAAAGAAAGAAAAAAAAGAAGAAAAAAGAACGAUACGAGGUAACGACGCGAGAGGAUGCAGUUGGAAACGUGAUCGAUCCAAGCUAGUGGAACAUCCGUCUUUGUUCUCGUUUAUCGGACAAUUGUUGGUGGCUAGAGAGAAGAAAAUGGGAGGGAAAACAAGGAGCGUAGAAAGGAAGUGUGAGAUGCGAGGUAACGGAUGACGAACGUACGAGUCAUGAUGGAUGCAGAGCGGAACAUUUGCGUAUAGGGACACGGUUCGCGUCCGAGGCUAAAGCGUGCGCGUAUAUUGGGCAGAACUCGGUGGAUGCGUCGAAUCGAGCCAAGAUUCGAUGAAAAUUCGUCGUUCGAUUUGUCUAUCCGAGAACGUGCUGUACAUUACUGUUUAUCGCUAUCCUCUUUUUCCUUUGAUUGGGACAAUUUCCGGUAUUUUUGAUAUUUUCGACGAAGAGAUCGAAUAUCCAUCGUACAUAGUGGAAGCGCGCGCGUGUAUAAAAGUAUAGCAGUGCGGAAAAUACUGCACGCUCCAUUGGACCAGACCAGACGCGCGACUGAGAGGGGAAGGGGUCACCGGAAAAACUCACGGCGCGUAAAAUCCGUUCGUAAAAGCAGCGGCAAAAAGAUCGAGCCGAGAGACGACGACCGAGAUCGAGAUCACGAAUCGAAAAACGACGAUCGUUCCGAGAAAAUCGCUUCGACGAGGAGGACGAACGUGUUUGGAGAAGAAUCGUAGAUAAACCGUGAAAAUAGAAAGAAAAGUAAAACCUUGGAAAGGAAAAACGUGGCAUCCAACUACGCUCGAAUCUCCAACGCAUGGGUAUUUCCGUUUCCCGUCGAACCUCGCCUCGACGCAACGCAUCGUCUAUAAGAGGGCGCUAUCUUCCAAUCCGCACUGCAUUGCGACGAACGAUGCUAGUGACAUUUGUAAAUAGGAGAAAAAGAUAGAGAGAGAAAGAGAGAAUCGAUUGCUUACGUGACUGCAAUGAAAACUAGACCAAUUGAAAAGAACCACAUGAUCGAAAUGUCGAACGAAGCAGAACACCGUUUUGUCACUGGUAUAAAACAAGGAGUAAAACGUGUUGAAAACAAGUUGAGAGUAUGUUGCGAUUCGUUGACGAUCAAAAGGAAUAUUUAGUCAAAUUUUUCAUAAAUACAAGAUGUUCUUAUCACGUGAAAAGUUCUGUUAUGUGUUUUAUGAUGAAAAGCUUGGAUACGUAAAAGAAAGAACUAAGAAUGUGAAUGCCGCUAUGACGGCGAAUCGCAUAGUUGUACUUCUCGUAUUCAUAUCUGGUAUCGCAGUUGCCGUUAUCGGCACGUUAUUGUCUCAAUAUAUUCGCGGUUUAUCAGAUAAUAAUUAUCAUCAUGUAUUUAUUCCGCUUCCGUCGGAAAGUGUAUUAAAUAUCUACGAUGAAGUACAUUUAGAUGUGGCGUUACCAAGAUCUCAGUUGGAAAUCGAAAAUAGCGCAACAUCAACCGCUGAAGCUUUAACCUCGUUACAUUUAGCAUUAGAAAUGAAAUUAUUAGGCAAGCAAAAGAAAGCGAUUAAAUUAUUUCAGCAUGCUGUAGCUUUGGCACCCUGUCAUCCGGAUAUCUUAAAUCAUUACGGCGAAUUCUUGGAAUACACGCAAAACGAUGUGAUCAAAGCGAACGAAUAUUACGUACGUGCAUUAAGCUAUCAACCGAAUCACGAAGGAGCAUUGAUAAACAGUCAGAGAACGGCUAGGGUAGUUGAAGAAUUGGAUCGAAGGAUGCUUCGACGCAUAGACGAGAAGAGAAACGCAUUAUCCGCGAUACCUGAUAACAAUGCGGCAUUGAUACGCGCGAAGAAAGAGGCUUACUUCCAACAUAUUUAUCAUACGGUUGGCAUUGAGGGAAACACGAUGAAUUUGGCUCAGACCAGAGCAAUUGUUGAAACUCGUACAGCGGUUGUUGGUAAAAGCAUCGACGAGCACAAUGAAAUUCUUGGCUUGGAUGCUGCAAUGAAAUAUAUCAAUGCGACUCUGGUCAACAGGGUAGGAUCAAUUUCUAUUAAGGAUAUAUUGGAGAUUCAUACGCGCGUUUUGGGACACGUGGAUCCCGUACAAGGUGGUCAAUUUCGACGUACUCAAGUUUAUGUGGGUGGUCACAUACCUCCCGGUCCCGGAGAUAUUCAUUAUCUUAUGGAGGAAUUCGCAUCAUGGUUGAAUAGCGAGAGAGCUAUUCGAAUGCAUCCGGUCAGAUACGCAGCUCUGGCGCAUUACAAGUUGGUACAUAUACAUCCAUUCUCCGAUGGAAACGGUAGAACUUCGCGUUUGCUUAUGAACAUGAUUCUCAUGCAAGCUGGUUAUCCACCGGUUAUUAUCCAUAAGCAACAUCGACAUACAUAUUAUGAAAAUCUUCAAAUAGCGAAUACCGGAGAUGUUCGACCGUUUGUUCGAUUUAUAGCCGAGUGUACGGAACAAACGUUGGAUUUGUUCUUAUGGGCAACCAACGAGUUCUCUAGACAAGUUCCAGCACUUAGUCAAGAUACCUUAUUCACCGAAAAGCGUAAUACGGUUAUUUUAGAAGAUGAUUUCAGAAAUGGUGCUACCAAUACCUUUGAUACCGAUUAAUCCUCGAAUCGUCGACACGAUUUCAAACGAACACGUAUACUAUAUAUAUAAUAUGUAACCGUCUCAAUAUUGUGUAUGCUUUUGACGAUUUCUCGACGAUUCAAGAAUUAAUAAUUUCGGUAAUUUUUUAUGCUACGUUUCCGAGUACUACUGUUUCGCUAAACCAAAGAUUAUGAUUUCCUAAAUCGUUUUCCUUCGUUUCGUUUAACGUAUCUCUUAUGUUUGAAUCAAAACUUCCGAUUCGCGAGCCUCCAACUCUGCUUCGAAUUAUCAAUGAUGCACCUUUUUCUUUUUUUUUUUUUUUUUCUUGAAUAUACGAUCCGUUUUAGAAGAUCAAAAUAUGUUUCCACUUCCGUACGAUUGCAUACGUUUUAUUCUCAUAUUUAAGAUAGAUUAUGUAUCUUUCCCUUUUUUUUACAAUUCAUAAAAUGCAUGAAUCCAUUUUAAAGAAUUAAUCAUGUCCCAAUGUUGGCAAUGCGAUUCGAAAAUAUGCUUCCAUUUGUAAUUUCUGUUACUUUUUAUCGUAUAAAACAGUCAGCAAAGAAAAACGGCGAACAGUGUGAAACUCAAUCGAAGACUGUGAUCUAAUGUAAGAAUACAACGUUAAGCUAACAUAUAUUUAUUAUAAUUAGACGACUUUUAAAUAUGUCGAUAUUGAAUGUAUCUUGAAAAUGUAUAAAUUUAUGGAUAGUCGUGUAAUUGAUUGCUACUUGCUGGACAAGUUACUUUACGAUACGAUGUAGAUACAUCGAUUUUUAAUAAAUCCUUAUUUUAUAAA